AUGUAUAAAGGUGUAUUACGGAGUUGGUUCUUAGGUCCUAACCUGACCAAGUUCUUUAAUGUGUAUGUUUUUCCAUCUGAAUGUGAGAAAUCGUCUACAGGAAUCUUAAGAUUGAUAAACCGUGGCAGUGCUAAAGGACUCAGAACAUUUCCACCACAACUUUGCGAAAAGAAUGAAGCGUUUGUCAAUACAACAAUGGACAACAGAAAUCCAGCUAAUGAGACAGUUAAUGAAAGCCCUCCACUUGAACAAAGCCUGUUAUUGAGAAAGCCAGGAGUGGAAAGAAGGGUCUACUGGACCUACUUGGUGAAAUGA